AGGCAAUCCCAUCACACCAUGUAAGGUGAAUGGCAGACGUUCGGACCAAUCAGAUUCGCCACGCCCACUGCCCAUAUAAGGGAGCGGCGGCCAUGUUUCUCUCUCUUACCUUGUGGGCUGUCAAGCAAGGAUCUGUGGAGGAGCUACGGACAUUCAUGACCGCUUUGAACACCAACAACCAAAACAUCAAACUCACCUAUAAAGCUGGAAGAAAUCAUAUGGAUUUCCUGGACAUGACAUUUAAUGUAGAUUCACGAGGGUAUGUACAUUCUGACCUUUUUCGCAAACCUACAUCCACCAAUUCGCUAUUACAUGCUCGUUCAUCGCACCCCCAAAAUCUGAUUAAGGGCAUUCCCAUUAGACAGUUUCUACAUUUAAAGCGUAUCUGCUCUAAAAAGGAGAUUUUUGAAAGAUGGGCUACUGAACUCUGGAACAGGUUCUCUGAACGAGGAUACAAAGACAAUUGGAUUCGAAGUGCAUAUAUAAGAGCUAAGCACACAAACAGAAGACAUCUACUGCAACCUAGGAACAAGCCCAAGAAAGAUGAUCAGAAACCAGAGUGGGGUUGCCACCUAUGUGGCAAAUGUGUAGCAUCUGCCAAUAUAUGUGCAGAUUCAAGUUACUCUAAUUUUGAUGGCUCCAUUGCACUUCAGAUUUGA